AUGGAUGAAAUUCUAAAUGAUGCCUUUGAAAAACAGUUACAAUUACAAUCGUUAUCAACAUUAAAUACAUUAAAUGAACUUGUUACUUUCGAUGAUAGACUUGCACAAUUAUGCUUGUUAUUACCGAAACCAGAAGUUAUAGAACAGCAAGACGAAAAAGAUAUUUAUAUCAUUUGGCGUACAGAUGAAUACAAUUCUAUCGAGAAAACUAUACAUAAUAUUGACGUUAAAAAAUUUUAUUCUAAUGAUGAGACAAUUAAUUUUAUAAAUGAAAAAAAUACCACGAACAUAUUUUUAAUCAUUGACAAAAAGUUUGUUGAAAGUUUUCUACCAUCAGUAGAUAAUUUAUCGCAAAUUAUAUUCGUUUAUGUAUUAUCAAAUGAAGAAAACAAGGAUCAAAUACUGGUAACACAAACACAGAUAACUGUUCGAAAAACAUCUGACAAUGAAGAAGAACUAUUUAAUUCAAUUAUUCAAGAUAUCGAUAUAUGUACAAAAGAUCAUCUAGUUACUGAUAUUUUCGAUCUUACAAUGGAAGAAGAAUCAACGAAUCAAAUGAAUACAAAUAUUAUUUGGUAUCGAUUAUUAAUAGAAAGUUUACUCGAUUUGAUUGUAUACAAACGAACCGCUUGGAAUGAUUUUAUGGCAUAUUGUCGUGAGCAAUACUCAGAAGACGAUCAUAUAACGCAAAAAGAAAUAAUUAAGUUUGCACAAACAUACUCAUCGUCAAAUGCCAUUCAAUGGUAUACAAAAGAUUCAUUUCUUUAUCGUUUAUUAAAUAGAGCUUUAAGAACUCGAAACAUAGAUAUUAUCUUUAAUUUUCGAUAUUUUAUCAUCGAUGUACAAAAACAACUUCAAGAACAUUACAAUGAUGAAAUAUCAAAAACACAUCCAAUAGUAUAUCGUGGUCAACUAAUGUCUCCAUUAGAAUUAAAAAAACUGCAAAAUAGUAUCAAUAAAUGUAUUUCAGUCAAUACAUAUUUAUCAACAUCGACUAAGAAAGAUGUCGCAAUGACGUUUAUUUUAGGUGCAGAAAUGGGUCUUCUAAUUGAAAUUGAUAUUAAUACUGUAGAAAAUGAGUAUACUAGAGGAGUUAACAUAGAACUGCUUAGUUACAUGCGCCAUGAAUCAGAGGUUUUAUUUCCAAUCGGAUCAACAUUUCUAGUAAAAUCAAUGGAGAAAGAAGAUAAUCUUUGGCAUUUGAAAUUGCAAUUAGCAAGUCUUAAUGAUAAUGAUCAAUUGAUUGACUAUAUUAAAAUUAAUCUUAACAAAGUUCCAUCGACAAUGAAAUUUGUUAAUCUCCUCAUUUUAAUGGGUGAAUAUGAAAAAGCUGAACGAUAUAUUACAAUGUUAAUUGAAGAAUUACAAUCCUUUUCAGACAAGGAUGAAAAUAUAGGAUAUGCUUAUGAUCUAAUGGGUCAGAUUUGUCAGAAAAGAGAUGAUUAUACAAAUGCAUUGAUCUAUUUUGAAAGAGCAUUGAACAUUAUUCAGCCAGAUAAUAUAUAUCGUGCUAUCAUAUUUCAGAACAUCGGAAAAGUACAUCAAUUCAUGGUUAAUAAUUCUGUUGCUCUUGAAUAUUACGAGAAAGCAUUAGAAUUUCAAGAGAAAAUGACUCCUUUUGAUCUAGCUUGUUUAUAUUGUACAUUUGGUACACUCUACCGAGAGAUGGAACAAUUCGACGAUGCUCUUAUAUAUUUCAAUAAAACAUUAGAUAUAUGCCAUUUACAUUCAUUUAAUCCUAUAUGGUACGUUGAUAUAUUUGUGUCAUUAGCCACUAUAUAUACAGAAAGAUCAAACUAUAAUGAAGCAUUACAAUUCUGCAAUCGUAUUAUGGAUAAUUUGUCAAAAUUAGUAAUGAAAAAUCAUCCACUAUUGAUUUCUGCGUAUGGAACAACUGCAAAAAUAUAUUUUCAAUGUGGAGAUUAUGGUUUAGCAAUGGCUUCUUGUCAAAAAGCGUUAAACAUUGCAGAGAAAGUUAUGCAUAAAGAAAAUAUUGGCAAACAACUCGGUAUAGUAUCAUAUCUUCAAAUUUUAAGUGGAAUCGGAUAUUUUUAUGCAAGAAACAGUGAUACAAAGAAUGCUUUAGACUAUGCUAAAAAAGCAAUGGAUGUAUAUUCAAAAUUCGAAAAUAGAGUACCAAAAGAACACUCUGCAAUAACAUAUUUAUACAAUACGUUAGGUUCCGUUUACUUCUUUACUGGUGAGUUUACUUUGGCAUUAGAAUAUUUUACGAAGGCUUUUGAUACAAAAGCAAAAACUUCCUUAAAAAUAGCAGUACUUACACAAAUUGUAAAUAUUUAUGUAGUCACAAACGAUAUAGAAAAGGCUAUAGAAUGUUUAUAUAAAGCACUUCAGAUCAUUUCUAAAGAAUCUGGAUUUAUUGCUAAUGAUAAUAGGCAAGCAAGUGUAUAUAUGGAUAUUUCUCAGCAUUAUAAAAAAUUAAAAGAUGAUGAAGCAGCAAUAUCUGCCGCAGAAAAAGCUAUAGAAUUAUUUCUUCAAUCAUCUCAACCUGAUUAUCCUAAAUUAGCAUCUACAUAUAUAUUCCUUGCUGGUUUAUAUCGAAAUGGAAAUAGCAUACUUUACGAAAAAGUAUUGAAUAUUGUAAAUACCAAUACAUUCUCUGACAAAGAAGCAGCAGACAUUCACACAUCAAUUGGACUGUAUUUUCAAAAGCAAAAAAAUUGGCCAAAUGCAUUAGUACAUUAUAAACAAGCAUUUCAAUAUCAAUGGAAAAUUAUACCACCAAAUUACUUACAAAUUUUAGGUAUUCUGGAGCUGAUGAGCAAAGUUUUUCAAAAACUAGGACUCGCAUUUAUCGAAAACGCACUAUUUUGGUGCCAAACAUGCAAUGAGAUUUAUCGGAAAUUAUUAGACAUACGACAAAUUCCAUUAAAAGAUCAAGCAAAAUUGUUGCUGAUGGAUGGAUAUAUUUCGGAAUUUAUAGAACAAAGUUCAUUUCUUACUUCAAAAAUAGUACUACAAUACAUUGAUACUGCAGUAUUGUAUGAGAAAAAGAAUGAUCGUGAACAAGUUUGUAAUUAUACUCAAAAAGCUGAAGAAAUACUUAAUCAAUAUACUGGAAAGAAAGACAUUCUGUACUUACGUCAGUGUUAUCUAUUACUUGGAUUUGCAUUUAGUUUAACCGAAAAUUUUGAUCAAGCAAUUUUCUAUUAUGAGAAAAGUCUUGAACAAUUAUGUGAUGAUUACAACGACAUUGGUCAAACUUAUACUUUUCUUGGACAGAUCUAUUUCAAAAAA